AUGGGAAUGGCCCUCCUCCCCCCGCCGCCUCCUCCUCCACCAUUUCCUUUAAUGAUGGCUGGUGGGCCACCCCCACCACCACCCCCCAUAGGGUGCCCUCCUCCACCUCCUCCGCCUCCAUUUCUACCACGAGGCAUGGCACCCCCCCCGUUUACCAUGAACAAUGGUAAUACAUGGAGCGAAUCAUCGUCAUCAAAUAAUAAAUCAGUAAAAACAUUGCGUCUACAUUGGCGUGAAGCUGCUCCAAAUAUGAUGCUCUCGACGACACCUGGAACGAAUGAUUCUCUUUGGUCUUCAUUGAAUAAAGUCAAAUUAGAUACUGAAAAAUUAUCAAAGUUAUUCGAAUUGAAACAAGCUGAAGUUAAAGUCAAGAAAAGUGGUGAUAUAAAAAAAGAAAUAACUGUACUCGAUCCAAAACGUUCAAAUGCAAUUAAUAUUGGUCUUACCGUUUUACCAACAGCUCGAACAAUCAAAGCAGCUAUUUUGAAAAUGGACAGUAGUGUUAUAAAUAAAGAAGGCAUUGAGAAAUUAUUAACAAUGCUUCCAACAGAAGAAGAAAAAAAUCGUAUAAUAGAAGCACAAAUGGCUAACAGUGAUAUACCAUUGGGCAAUGCUGAAUAUUUUCUAUUAACAAUUGGAGCUGUUGUCGAAUUGGAAGCUCGUUUAAAGCUAUGGUUAUUUAAACUUGAUUUUGAUAAUAUUGAAUUGGAAAUCGCUGAACCCUUAAUGGAUUUAAAAAAUGGAAUGAGAAACUUGAAAGAGAAUAUAACAUUUCGACGUAUACUCGAAGUACUUCUUGCUGUUGGUAAUUUUCUUAAUGGAGCUGAGUCAACUGGUUUUCAACUUGAUUAUCUUUCUAAAGUUCCUGAAGUAAAAGAUACUAUUCAAAAACAUUCAUUAUUAUUUCAUGUGUGCAAUAUUGUUGUUGAAAAAUAUCCUGAUACAAGUGAUUUCUAUUCAGAACUGGGUGAAAUAACUCGAUGUUCAAAGAUUGACUUCGAUGAAAUUGAAUUGAAAUUAGCUAAACUAGAAAAUGAUUGUCGUGGAGCGUUUGAACAUUUAAAAGCUAUUAGUAAACAUGAAACAUUACAAGUGAAAACCAAAGUUGAUAUUAAGAUGCAUGGUAAAUUUUAUAAUGCCACACUGGCAGAAUUUCUUACUGAUUGUGCUGAACGUGUUUGUCUAUUGAAAAUUAUACAAACACGUGUAUUAAAUCGUUUUCGACGAUUUCUUCUCUGGCUUGGUUAUCCUCUUGGUAUAAUACAAGAAACCAAGAUUACACAAUUUUGUAAGAUUCUUAGUGAAUUCGCACUUGAAUAUCGAACAACACGUGAACGUAUAACAACACAAAAACAAAAGAAACAAAAUCGUGGUGAACGAAAUAAAACAAGGGGCAAAUUAAUAACUGAGAUUAUUUCAGAAAAAGGCAAUCCAUUGACAGAUGUUUUAUUAAAUGGUUUUCGAACAGACGAUGAAUCUAGUUCCUAUUGUGAACCACCAAAAACAAAAUAUUCUUCAUCUACUAUUCCACAAACUUAUAAUACUCUCAAGCCGGCAUCUCCUAUGGCGGAUAAAAGCUCAAGACAACAGACAAAUCUAAAAAGUGCUCAACCGGACAUGUUAAGUGAUCUAGCAGCUGCAGUUAGAAGUUCAUCGAAAGAUGGUCAAGCAAUGCCUGGUCAUCGAUUACGACAAAAAGCAUCUGUGAAUAAUUUACAAAAAUCGCCAGCAUCGGCUUCACCAACAUUAAAUACCCUUCAAUCGAUUAAAUCCAAUGAAAACGAAGGAUUUGAUACAAGCGAUGAAUUACUUGAUACUCUUGUUAAAAAUGCUACAUUAACAUCAUCGAAAGAUGCAAUAAAACAACGCCGAAUAGCUCGAUAUGCUCAACGUCAAUCAUUACGACGAACGCUUCAAAUCAAUUUGAAUGAAGAAGAACAAGCUCAAGUAUUUGGUGCUGGAAAAAACUAA